GUUUCGAAGUGUUCCUGAGAGCAAAAAUGACUUUUUGGCUCUUGCAAGGUUCCACGUGUAACCCCAAGAUCUGCCUUCGGCAAGGGCAUCACGGCAUCACAGCAUCACAGCAGCAACCCCACAAACACAUCCCCCAAAGCAUUGAGGAGUGCAAGGAGCCAUGAGGAGACAGGGUCAGCUAUCAUCCUUAGCGUGGACAGCAGUGCUACUCUUAUUAUUAGUAGUACUGGUUCCAGAAUGCAGUAGUUUUGCGACGACGCCUUCUCCACUUACUCGACGACAGGUGGCGUCCACUACGUCUUCUCAGCGCCAAGCCUCUGUGGCACUGCCAGCGGAUGCCGCAUCGCAAGCCAACAACAAGAACCAGGCUAGUGAGAAUUCUGACGACCCCAAAGUGGGAGUGUUGCUGUUGAAUCUUGGAGGUCCUGAAACGGGGGAUGAUGUAGAAGGAUUCCUGUUCAACUUGUUUGCCGAUCCCGACAUUAUUCGAUUACCGGGACUUCUGUCGCCAUUGCAGACCUUGAUUGCGACCUUUAUUUCCAAACGUCGAGCACCCAAAAGCCGCGCUGCGUAUGAAAGCAUCGGUGGUGGAUCUCCCAUUCUACAGUACAGCAAUGCCCAAGCCAAACUGAUUAGCGAGUCGUUGGCCAAACGACAUGGAAUAUCGGUGCAAACGUAUAUUGGAAUGCGCUACUGGCAUCCGUUCACGGAAGAUGCAUUGAAACAAAUCCAACGGGACCACAUUGAUGCCCUCGUGAUUGUCCCACUCUAUCCACAAUUCAGCAUUAGUACAUCGGGGAGCUCCUUUCGGGUCUUGCAAGAAGAAUUCUCCAAGGAUGCUUCCAAAUUCGGGGACAUGGUACACACGGUCGUCUCUAGUUGGUACGAUCGACCGGGCUAUGUCAAUGCCAUGACCAAAUUGAUUGAACACGAAUUGCAGAGUUUUACCGAGGAACAAAUCCAAGAAGCACAAUCUACAGCACCCGAUUUGGAACCCUUGCACAUUUUGUUUUCCGCUCAUGGAGUACCGCAGUCGUAUAUUGAAGCGGGAGAUCCCUAUCAGACACAAAUCAUGGCCUGUGUCGAUCGCAUUACCAACGCUAUUACACACCCGCACGUGCAGGUCCAUUUGAGCUAUCAAUCGCGCGUCGGGCCCAUUGAAUGGCUACGACCGUACACGGACGAUGUAUUGCCUGAAUUGGCCCAAAAGGGAGUGCGCAAUCUUGUGGUGGUGCCCAUUAGUUUUGUCAGUGAACACAUUGAAACAUUGGAAGAGAUUGAUAUCGAAUAUCGAGAAUUGGCAGAAGAAUCCGGUAUUACCAAUUGGAGACGAUGUCCGGCACUCAACACGGAAGCAUCGUUUAUUGAUGACAUGGCUGAUAUGGUCAUGGAUGCGUUGGAAGAACCAGCGCAAACUGUCACGGAGGCAUGUGUGGCCAACAAUGUGGGUGAUGUCGAACUCCAACCACUCGAUGAACGAGUCGGUAUCAGUACGGUGGGUGUCGGUGGUGUGGGUGCCGGUGAUGAAGAAGUAUUAUUGAAAGAACCAGAACGGUUACUGGCACGAAUUGCUAUUGCCGGAGUUUUCAUUACCUUUCUUGUGGAGCUUUUCAGCGGGAGUUCCAUGGUGGAUCUCUUUUUUGGAAGCUAGCGAAGUUUCAAAGGCGCCGCUGGAGGAUCAUGUACAGUCUGAUUGGUUUUGCAAAAAGCACUUCUUUCUUUGGGUCUACAGAUGAUGGACUGCUGAACAUACAAUAAGCAAAAUAGACACAAACAAACACACGCACACAGCUAGCUCUAGCUGUACGGUAUGUCUGUGACAGAGCAGACAUGCCUCCGGGUGGGUUCAUGGCACUCCAAGAGAAACUUUUCCAGGAUUUUUCAGAAACAGUGCACAUCACAUCUCACAGCAAACACGCGAAGGGUCUGUGUGGUGAGCCUCAUCCUCAA